CGAAAUAUUCAUGAAUAUUGUUUAUACGAAAUACAUAAAGGCCACGAAAAUUAAAAAUAUUUGCAUUUUAUCUUCAACUCGCAAAAUGGAUACUAGGAUAUUUUUUGUGUUUUGUGCGUUUGCGAUUGCGAACAUAAAUGGCUUCGUCAAACGUGACGUCAUAAGUGAAAUGGAACAAGAUCCUGAAAUAGCCGAAGCUCCUACAGGCAUUGUAGAUCGGCUCAAGUACUGUUAUGGUGAAACAUUAGCUCAUACUGUGAACACUGUUAAGAAGGACCACCUACAACCGCUGCUUAACUUUUUUGAACAAUCUUGGAAUAAAAUACGGCGGGUUGAGACAUACAAUCCUGUUAAAUACGAUGGUCAAAUAAAGAAGAUGCCAAUAACAUGGGAGGACUUCCAGAACGACUUAAAGGAAUUCAGAAAAUGCUUCCGUCAAACGAUAGCAGAAAUACUUGAUGACGUCACAGAGACUGGAUUGCAACCUGUAUUCCGUAGUGUAGAAGAACAUUUGGGCAAGCUGACCAGAGUGGUUGAUAUUUUGACCAUGCCGAAGGAAAUGAAACAGGAAGACAAUCCCGAACAGAAUGAACAAAUGUAAUAAGCUUUUAUAAAUAUAUUGUAAUAAUCUUGUCAUUUAUAUUUUGUAUCUAAACAAUAAGUUUUAUUAUUAAUUAUAAGCGCAUUAUUAAAUUUA